GGAAGAAACGCGGCGGCGCUCUCGGACUGCAGGCUAAUGUUUAAGAUGCUUUGCAAAUAAGCCACUGUUGUCAAGUUUCCCUCUAGGAGUAAAAUGGAAGGCGAAUUGAGCGGAUUGGACAUCCGCACUCCGGUUUUUGACAAGAAAAAGAAAAAGUACUCUGUAGAUAAGGAAAGACAUCGGAUGCAUGCCCAUGCAAGUUUCAGAGACGCCCCCCUGGCAAGCGAACACUCUCACAAAACGAAGAAGGGAAAAAAGAGGAAGGACAACCAGCACCUCGCCUCUUCUCCUCUGAAAACAUCGGAACUCUGUGAGGAGGCUGCAGAGGCCCCUUCUCCGGCCAAAAAGAGGAAAAAGAAGAGUGCUUUGGGGAUACAGGACGGAACAGGCGUGUAUGUCAUGGUGGAUAAAGAAAACAUCGAGAACAUGCCCAAGAAUUUUAGAAGGGAUGUUGACAUUGUUUAUAUUGACAUGAGCAGGGAACAGGAGUCGCCCAGAGAGCCCGAAGCAGACGAGUCGCCUGCAGUUACUAAGCGACGGGAAGAGCCACGCAGUAAAGUUAGGGAGAAAAAGAAAAAGAAGCGUCGGCGGGAAGCUGCGUCCUGCGAUGCUGCGCUGGAGGGGCCAGGCUCGGGCGCCAGCGUCCUGCCCCAGCCGGAGUCCCCGCUUUCUGCGGGCCUGGGAGGCCCCGUCACACAGCUGCCAGGUGCUGCUCAUGAAAAGAAGCCUGAGAAAAGAAAGAGGAAGAUUUCACAUCACCAGGGAUGUGAGAGUCCUGAGGCCGUGAACUCCGAGGGGGCACAGGUGGCCCAUGGCCCGGGGACUGCAGAAGGCAGGAGGGAGCCCUGCAGAUUGAAGAAAAGGGCCAAGAAAAGGAGGCGGAGGGCUCCUGUUGAAAGUGCUGUCUCGGGGCUCCCCACCAGCUUGGAGGACCCGCUGCUUGACUCCCUGGGAGGUAAUGCUUCCUCCAUUGAGGAAAGUGCGACCCCUCAGCCUCGAGAGGAGGAAGACCAGGCGUGUUCGGAGGAGGCGCCAAGGUUAGGACCUCCCGACGAAGAAAGCAAUUUGGAUUCGGCCCGAGAUGCCGAAGCGCGGUAUCUGUCCGAAGACUUGGGAGACGCGGACGAUGCAGAUGUGGACCUGGCCUCCGCCGUGAGGCAGCUCCGGGAGUUCAUCCCCGGCAUCGGGGCGAGGGCCGCCACCACGAUUAAGCGCAUGUACCGGGAUGACUUGGGCCGGUUCCAGGAGUUCAAGGCGCAGGGUGUCACCAUUAAAUUUGGCAAGUUUUCUGCGAAGGAAAAUGAGCAGUUAGAGAAAAACGUGCAAGAAUUUCUGUCCCUGACAGGAAUCGAGAAUGCGGACAAGCUGCUGUACACGGACAGGUACCCGGAGGAGAAAGCCGCCAUCACCAACCUAAAGAGGAAGUAUGCGUUUCGGUUGCACAUCGGGAAGGGCAUUGCCCGGCCCUGGAAACUCGUGUACUACCGAGCGAAGAAGAUGUUCGACGUCAAUAACUACAAAGGCAGGUACAGCAACGGGGAUGCGGAGAAGUUGAAGAUGUACCAUUCCCUCCACGGCAACGACUGGAAGAAGAUCGGGGGUUUGGUGGCUCGAAGCAGCCUCUCUGUCGCCCUGAAGUUCUCCCAGAUCAGCUGCGAAAGAAACCAUGGGGCUUGGAGUAAGACGGAAACCCAGAGACUAAUCAAAGCUGUUGAAGAAGUGAUUCUAAAGACAAUGUCUCCCCAGGACUUAGAAGAGGUAGAUUCUAGACUCCAAGAAAACCCCGAAGGCUGCCUGUCGAUUGUUCGGGAAAAACUCUACAAGGGCAUAUCUUGGGUAGAAGUCGAAGCUAAAGUCGAAACCAGAAAUUGGAUGCAGUGUAAAAGUAAGUGGACGGAGAUUCUCACCAAGAGGAUGACGAAUGGCCGGGACGUGUACCGCGGGGUGAAUGCCCUCCAGGCCAAAAUCAACCUGAUUGAGAGGUUGUAUGAAAUAAAUGUGGAAGAUGCUAAUGAAAUAGACUGGGAAGAUCUUGCUGGUACCAUAGGCGAUGUCCCUCCGUCUUACGUUCAGGCUAAGUUUUAUAAGCUGAAAGCCACCUGUGUGCCCUCCUGGCAGAGGAAGACUUUCCCAGAGAUUAUAGACCACCUUUAUGAGACGAGUCUGCCUUUGCUCAAAGAGAAGCUAAAGAAGAAGGUGGAGAAAAGAGGCGCUGCGCCCCCUCCCGCGGCGCCCCGCCGUGUCUUCCUGUUCAGGGACAUCUUCCACUGCGACGACGACAGUGACGACGACGGCGGAGGCGGGCAGAGUUAGGAGGUGGCAUCCUUCUCGUCCGGUUUCGGGGUUUGGCUGUGUGUACAUACGAGUGUCAGUAGCUGCUGUCAGUGCCGGGGGCUGGCAUCGAGACGCAGUGGCCACAGGCAGGUGUGAGAGUGCCGACCUUGCUGUGGCGCAUUGAGGAUGGACUGGCAUUGUCCGAUGCAGUUGUUUCAAUGUGAAAAGGAGGAGGAACAUGUGAGUUGAUUUAACAUGCCUGUCCGAUGGCAGACAAUUGUGGUUUCUGUGGAACCACAGUGUCCCGAGCCCCCAGGGCAGCGGAGGUGGGCGCGUCCUGUAAGCAUUCGCUGUGUGGACUCAGCUGUGCGGCAGCGGCAAAGAGACGUCGACAGCCCGGCGUGCCCGGCCCUGGCUUCUGCUCCUCGCUUGUUUACGUGUGUUCUCGGCGGCGAAGUGCAGCUCAGCGUUAGAAGGAAGUUGUGGGCGUGUGUUCCCUCAGCCUGGUUUCCGUUCUCAUGCACAUGGCACAGGUGCCCAGCUCGUCUUCCUGGGGGCGUGCUGGUUUAAAGAUGUUCCUGUAUGAUGCUGUGUGUUGGUUCAUUCAUCUGUAACGCUCACCAUUUCUCCAAACCUGCCGUCAUUGGAGGAGGAAGAUGAGCGACACGGUUUAGGGGUCCUGGGUCUCCCGCCCCAGCACCCGAACAGUGUGGUGCAGAUAAUACACACUCAAUAAAUGCUCGGGAAACAAACGAGUGUUUCCUUUUUAGAAAGCAUUUUGCCUUCAGGCCCUCCUCUCUGUCAACCGUACCAGGCUCCAUGCUGAUGGGAAUAGAAAUUGUAUGUUCCUUUUGGAGGACAAUCUAGUGAAAUACAGCUGAUCCCUAA